UUUCCGCCUUUCUCUUUCCUUUGUUCUUCUACCUCAUCCUGCUCUUUGCCUUUGAUUGAUGCUUUGAGAGCUUGUCCGUACACAAGCAGACUGCAUCAACAUUCUGUGAGAUAGUUCAUGCCAUGCACUGCAUUUGUCUCACGUUUUUGUAGGGCAGACCUGUGUGGUAGCUCUUCUUCUACAUUUUAUUGGAUCAUGCAAAAUUAAUAGAAAAGAAUGUUGACAAUAUUCUUGCAGGAUCAUAAGCAAGCACAAAAAGGGACGGAUUAUGCCAAAUGAAGGUGCAGAAAGUGAAAGCGAGUAAUCCCUGAAGUGGAUGUAGAAAAGCAUCACAACAUUAUUGCAGCAACCACAACAGAAAUAAAAAAAGGCUGAGAAAGAGAAAAGAGAAAGAGAAAGAGAUGGUUUAAUAAGAAGCACAAUGAGAGCUCCUCAUGCUCUGUAUAAAGCUCGGUCACCACUACACUUCUCCUACAAUCACAACUCCUUGUUCUAACGCAAACUCUCCACCAUCUCAAUACAACUCCACUCGACGACCCAUUGAGGAGCAACAGGAGCUGGUGUUUAUGAGGACUGGAGUGUGCGCAGUUCACCAGGCCCUCACUGCCGAGGUUGCCUCAGUUCUAAAGCAUUCCCUCGACCUGGCCACGAGGAGAGGCCAUGCCCAGGUCACACCCCUCCAUGUUGCUGCCACCCUCAUCAGCUCGUCUUCUGCCUCCUCUAACCUCCUCAGGAGAGCUUGCCUCAAGUCCCAGCCUCACCGUCCUGCUUUCCACCACCCACUCCACUGCAGAGCUCUUGAGCUCUGCUUUAAUGUGGCACUCAACAGGCUUCCCACCGCCACCUCUCCUUCCUCCGGCACCCUCUUACCUUCCCCUUCCUCCCUCUCCAACUCUCUCAUUGCAGCCAUCAAGAGGGCUCAGGCCAACCAGAGACGAGGCUGCAUUGAGCUCGAGCAGCAGCAGCAGCAACAGCAGCAGCUGCAGCAGCCUGUUUUGACCAUCAAGGUAGGAAUGGAGCAGUUAAUGCUCUCUAUUCUUGAUGACCCCAGUGUGAGUAGGGUGAUGAAGGAGGCUGGCUUCUCCAGCAGAUGCGUCAAGAGCCAUCUCGAGGAAGAGGCCUCUGCCUUGAGCCAAUCCUCACUAUUUCUGCUAGACACCGCCAAGGAUUUCAUCAACCGUGACUUCAAGCCAUCGUUGAGUGAGGACCUGAGGGUGGUCAUCGAAGUGAUGCUUAGGCAGCAGGGGAGGAGGACCAACACUCUGGUGGUGGGUGACUCUGGCUCUUUGUUGGAAGGCCUUGUGGCUGAGCUGAUGAGGAGGCUGGGGAGGAGUGAGAUCCCAGCUGAACUCAGGCAUGCCAGUUUCAUAAAUUUACAGUUCUCCUGUUCCCACCUCAGGCUCAUGCACGAGGAUGAUGUGGAUGCAAAGGUAUCAGAUCUCAGAAGAACCAUCAAUUCUCUAGCAUCACAUAGAAAUGGAAUCAUCAUCUACGCUGGUGACUUGAGGUGGGCAGUGGAUGAGGAAGCAAGAGAUGGGGGUGAAUUAAGCUUCAAUCCUGUGGAACAUAUGAUUGCAAAGAUGGGCAAGCUCCUCUCUGAGUUCAAUAGCAGCACUGAGAACAGGGUGUGGCUAUUGGCCACUGCAAGCUACAGCACAUACCGGAAAUGCCAAAUAAGGCAGCCAUCUCUUGACACCCUAUGGGCCCUCCAAGCUGUUGUGGUUCCCUCAGGUUGGCUUGGCUUGGGCCUCCAAGCUUCCAGUGGCAUUGACACAAGGCUGUCAAAUUUUGGUCAGUUCCCAAUUGAACUGCUUGAGUCAAGGAUUUUAAGCUCAAAGGAAGAAGAGAACCUCAUUUGCUGUGAUGAGUGCAAACUUAACCUAGAAAAAGAAGCAUCAGUUUUCAGGUCAGAGACCCCAUGCUGGCUGCAAGUCAACUCUGAGGGAAACCACAAGGAAGCCUUGCAAGAAUUGAGGAGGAAAUGGAACAAGUUAUGUGAAAGCCUCCAUAGUAAGAAUUCCCAUUUGUGCUCUCCAUUCUUCAAUCAAAGUGUCACCCACAAGAGCUACACCAGGUCUUUGUCCCAUACUUGGUGGCCUAGCAAAGACUUCGUCAAACCACAUUCAGUAUCUAUCUCUACCCCUAUUUACAAGCUUAACAAGAGAAGCCCAACAAUGAACUCAUCUGAGGCAAGCUUCAAUUCUCUUACAAUGUCAACUAAUCAGCAGAAUAAGAUCACGGUUGCUCUAUCCAGCCCUCUGUUCUCAGAUUCAGCAACAUCGAAGGACCAGACAAGGCUACCGAUGGCAGACCCAACAAAUCUGCAACACCAAUUGCAAGAGGAAAUCCCUUGGCAAUCAAACAACAUUCCUUUGAUCAUGGAAGCCUUGCAUGACUGCAUUAGUGGUGUUAAGAAGGUCGUGAGCCUGCUGAUACAAGGUAGUGAUCAUAUUGCCAAGAGAAGGCUAGCAUUGGUCAUGGCUAGGUCCAUCUUUGGCUCAACGGAUAGGUUGAUACAUAUUAAGCAAAAUGAUUCAUGCUGUGAAACCAUCAUGGAUGCCAUAAGAAAGGCCCAAAAAUGCAUAAUCUUGGUAGAGGAUAUGGAUCGAAUGAGUGAUAAUUUUGUCAAAUCAUUCACAGAUUCCUUGAAAGGAUCUUUGAAGGCCACGCAAGGUGAUGAGGAAGCUAGUAUAACUAAUGUAAUUUUCAUUCUGACCACUUCCCAAGUGACCAAGUUUAAGAAUGCCAAUAACAUCAAAAGUGUAGUGAUGAUGAAGCUUUGUGCUGAUGAUGCAUCAUCAUUCGGUGAUGCGAAAAGGAAGAUAGAAAAUGAUCUCGGGAGCAGAUCAAAGAGGCUGCGAAAAGAGGAGCAAGUUUUUGAUCUUAACUUCGAACCAUAUUAUGACAUUGAGGAGGUCCAUGCUGUUCCUAGUGAUCUAACACAGGAGACCGAGUGCAUUAGCUUCCAUCUCCCACAAGAGUUGCUGAAAUCCACUGUUCAGCUCACUUUAAAUGCGGGGACUGGUCAGCACCAGGAAUUCAAGUUCAAUCUUCUCACAAAGCUCGAUCGAGCAUUCAAGGAAGUGCAGCACGGCAAGGACAGAAAAGGCCAACUCUUUGUCGACCAAGGAGUCACGGAGGAGCUAAUGCAGGCCUCAGCCUUCUUCCUCGAGAGCUUCUUUGCUAAGUGGGUGAGAGAGGUGUUCCAAGUCAGCUUACAAACUGUGCAAGAGGGCGGGAGCUUGAGGCUGAGUUUGGAAGGCAAAGAGACCGACAUCGAAGCAUUUGGUUUCAUGGCUUCCGAACUACCAAAUAGGAUAAAAUGUGGGUGUAAGUAAUCUUUUAAAACUGAGCAUCUUGUAACAUUUUCUUUUGGCAAAAUUUUCCACUUUGAUCAA